CAAUGGCAUCAACGCAAUCUGUCAGUAUAAACGAUAUGGGCGAUCCUUUGAGACCGUAUGUACCAGUCAACGAAACCCCGGACGAAAAACGUAAACGCAUAACUUUAGAAAAACAAGCAAAAAAACGUAGUGAAGCUAUUGAUAAACAAUUAAAAGCUGAAAGAGAAGAAAAGGAAAAACAAAAAACGGCAAAGUUAUUAUUAUUAGGUUCUUCGGAAAGUGGUAAAACGACCGUGCUUAAACAAUUAAAAAUCAUUCAUGGUAAAGGACUUUCUGAUGAACGUCAACGGUACCGCCGCAUAGUUCACCUUAACGUACUUACGGCGAUGAAGGCUCUGACAAAUGCUCUUAUAGCCCUUGGAUAUUCUAUUAAACCUGAAAAUCAACAACACUUGGAUAAAAUUAACAAUUUAACUGGAGUAAAGAAUACGUUGAAUCGUAAUUCUAUCACCUUUCAGGCAGCCAUCAAGGACCAACAAUUAGACGAUGAUUCACAGUAUUUAUUUAUGGAACACGUUGACUCUAUUAUAGCUUUAUGGAAAGACUCUGCUAUCAAAAAAUGUUACAAUUCUGCGAGCGAAAUUGGAUUACAAGAUUCUGCAAAAUACUUUUUGGAUAAUGUAGAACGAUUUGGUAAAGAUGACUAUUUACCGACUGAUGAAGAUAUUCUUCAAGCUCGUAUACGAACAGUUGGUGUGGCAGAACAUAGGUUCGAAAUAGCUGAUGUAAUAUACAAGUAA